UUCUUAAUACGGGCCGGGCCGGGCCCAGCUGGCCGGUUGGUACAAAUUCCACCUCUGAGCAUAUGCAGCAUAUGAAAAAUCGAAAAUGGCGGCCAUUGCUCCACUCUCUUCCUCCUUGUCGAAAUCGAAACCCUCGGCUUUCCCUUCUUCUUCUUCUUCAACAAAUGCCAUUUCCAGAUGUACUUUCCGCCCCUUCCCGCCCAUUACCCACCGACCUCUGCACAUUUCUAGUUCCCUCCCUCCUAAAGCCGCGACUGCCCCUUCGGACUCACAAAGUUUCACUUCCCGAUUUGCCCCUGACGAGCCCAGAAAAGGCUCCGAUGUCCUCGUGGAGGCCCUCGAACGCCAAGGCGUCACCGACGUAUUCGCCUACCCCGGAGGCGCAUCCAUGGAGAUCCAUCAGGCCCUCACGCGCUCCUCCACCAUCCGCAAUGUUCUCCCCCGCCACGAGCAAGGUGGCGUCUUCGCUGCUGAGGGCUACGCGCGCGCCUCGGGCCUUCCCGGCGUCUGUAUUGCAACCUCGGGCCCUGGCGCUACCAACUUAGUCAGUGGCCUUGCUGACGCACUCCUUGACAGCGUUCCGGUCGUCGCAAUCACUGGACAAGUCCCCCGCCGGAUGAUCGGUACCGACGCUUUUCAAGAGACCCCAAUUGUAGAGGUAACAAGGUCCAUUACAAAGCAUAACUAUCUUGUUCUUGAUGUUGAAGAAAUUCCUAGAAUUGUUAGUGAGGCAUUUUUCUUGGCCACCUCCGGGCGCCCCGGCCCAGUUUUGAUAGAUAUACCAAAAGAUAUACAGCAACAGCUUGUCGUGCCGGAUUGGAAUCAACCCAUUAGAUUAGCGGGGUACAUGUCUAGGCUGCCCAAUCCUCCCAAUGAGGCCCAUUUGGAGCAGAUUGUGAGGUUGGUUUCUGAAUCCAAGAAGCCAGUGUUGUAUGUUGGUGGAGGGUGCUUGAACUCGAGUGAGGAAUUGAGGCUAUUUGUGGAGCUUACAGGGAUCCCUGUCGCGACUACCUUGAUGGGUCUCGGGGCAUAUCCUAGCUCAGAUGAGCUGUCACUCCAAAUGUUGGGAAUGCAUGGGACAGUGCAUGCUAAUUAUGCAGUGGAUAAGUCUGACUUGUUGCUUGCAUUUGGGGUUAGGUUUGAUGACCGGGUUACAGGGAAGCUCGAAGCUUUUGCUAGCCGAGCUAAGAUUGUUCACAUUGAUAUUGAUUCUGCAGAGAUUGGAAAGAAUAAGCAGCCUCAUGUAUCUGUUUGUGCAGAUGUGAGAUUGGCAUUGGGAGGGAUAAACAGGGUAUUGGAGGGAAAAGGAUGCAAGUUAAAACUUGAUUUCUCAGCCUGGACGGAGGAGCUGAAAGAGCAGAAAAUUAGUUAUCCAUUAAAUUAUAAAACAUUUGGUGAUGCCAUUCCUCCUCAGUGUGCUAUUCAGGUUCUUGAUGAAUUAACUGAUGGGAAUGCAAUCAUAAGCACCGGUGUCGGGCAGCAUCAAAUGUGGGCAGCUCAAUUUUACAAAUAUAAGAGGCCUAGACAGUGGUUGACAUCAGGAGGAUUAGGAGCUAUGGGUUUUGGAUUGCCUGCUGCUAUUGGGGCAGCUGUGGCAAAUCCAGAUGCCAUUGUUGUUGAUAUUGAUGGUGAUGGAAGCUUCAUGGUGAAUGUUCAGGAAUUGGCAACUAUCAGGGUGGAAAAUCUUCCCAUUAAGAUAAUGCUGUUGAAUAAUCAGCAUUUGGGUAUGGUUGUUCAAUGGGAGGAUCGCUUCUAUAAGGCGAACAGGGCUCACACUUAUUUAGGGAACCCAUUAAAUGAGUCUGAGAUAUUCCCUAAUAUGCUCAAGUUCGCAGAAGCUUGUGGGAUACCAGCUGCCCGUGUGACAAAGAAGGAACAUCUUAAAGAGGCAAUUCAGAAAAUGCUGGACACUCCUGGUCCAUACUUGUUGGAUGUAAUAGUACCUCAUCAAGAGCAUGUCUUGCCUAUGAUUCCGAGUGGUGGUGCUUUUAAAGAUGUGAUAACUGAGGGUGAUGGAAGAUCAUCUUAUUGAUUUCCGGGGCAGCAUCUAUGUUGUCCAUGUUCGUAUGUACAAAUUUGGAUGUGCUUGAAAUCUUUAGUUCAGUUCAACCACAAAAAAGAAAUGUCUUUAUUUUUUGUAGUUUGCUACUUUGAACUAUACACAAAUAGUAGUUUGAAUUCCUUUUGGAGAGUGCUGUACUUUUAAUAAAUGAAGGUGUGGCAAGUUUCACGGAUUGAAGUUAUUUAUAAGCUCUCUAAAUGUAAUGGUUUAUAAUUUAACUUCAAUAUGAAUUUUCUUUUCUUGA